AUGGAGCAACAGGAUGGUGAGCGCAUGACGCACGAGGAUCUAGUGCAUUGGCUGAAUAUUUUAUUGCAAUCUGAUUUGGUUCUUUUCUUAUUUUCAAUGCAGAUGGUAUAUCGUUUCAUUCUGUGCUUGUUCUGUGGUGAAAGGACAGAGUACGGCUGUGUGCACACGCAACCCCUUUCAAUUUCUACCCUUCCUGAGAGCAAGGACAGCCAACGCAGUAAGGUACAUGGCACAAUGCGGUGGAGGGCCUGUUUCAAGAUCGCCCAUUCCAAGACCAAGCGGUCAUGGACAGUCAACAGCCAUCGAAUCGCAUGGUGCUUCCCACUGCCGAUGACACACCAGAGUCAACGAAUAUCCUCUUGA